ACACGUAUGUAAAGUAUGUGAGUAUAAAAAUAAAAAUAAUUCAAUAAUUCGUACACUAAAACACAUUUAAAUUAAUUUACUUAAAAAAAAUACUUGUUUACUUCAUUAUUUAUAACGCAAAUAAGAUUUAUUUGAUAACUAGUUUUAAUGCUUGCCGUAAAAGCUGCUCCUUUAUAAUUAUCUGUCUAUCGUUAAUAGGAAUUCAGUCAAGUAUUGUCAAAGUCAAACAAUUUAAUAGUCUGUUUCAAUCAGCUGUAAAGGAAAAUAUGAUUUAUAUUUAAUAACGUAAAUAUUGUGCUUGUAUUCAGUCCUACGCUUUAAACUAUUUAAUUUUUAUUUUUUCUUUGUAUUUUUAAUACAUUUUAUCAUAACCGUCUUGAUUAUGUUGCGUCCUUUAUAAUUCAUAUUCAAAAUUUGUUAAUAUUUCCUUGCAUCAUGGGAAAGAGGUACCAUUGUGAGUAUUGUGAUAAAACUUUAGUAGCGGCACCAUCGACUAUCAGGACGCACAAUAAUGGAGCAGUGCACCAAAAACUCGUUAACGAUCAUUAUCAACAGUUCAAAGACCCUGAGACAAUACUAGAAGAAGAAAGCUCAAAGAGACCUUGCACUAGAUAUAUUACAAGCCAGUGUCCUUUCGGCAGCAUAUGUAGAUAUUCACAUUACACUCCAGAGGAAAUCAAUAAUUUAAAAUAUUAUGUUGCUGAAAAGAAUAAAUUACAAACAAAAAAACCAGUAUCAUUUGGGGAUAUAUAUGAAAAAUUUAUAGUUGACAAUACCACACAACUUACCACAAAGGAAAAUGAAAGUGUAAUUUAUGAUUCUAAUGGAUACACACAUAUUUUGCCAUGGGCAUAUAACCCUAUUUUUGACAAUUACAGUGAUUUGCCACCAAGUAUAAAGAGGUUAAAAAUGUCUGAUUUUGAUAAUAUUAACAUUGUGACAUGGGGUUAAUAUAUUUUUCACAAAAAGUUGUAUUGUUGUUUAUUACUUAUGUUUUAUAAUACUUCUAUCCAAAAGAUCCAUGCUUGCAUGGCUGUUAUUAAUAUGUAUUUGUAAUUUAUAAUUUGGUUUAUUAUAACUUUAAAAAUCGC